UCCAUAAGCGUCAGUUGUAUCUUAGCAUUUCCAGUGAAAAGAUGAUAAUCAACAGAUUAAUCAUUUUUUUCUGUAUAAUGGGCGUUGUGAUUGCACUUCAGGACAUACAAAAUUAUACCAGUACUGUCACUACGACAACGAGCGCUGCUCCGUAUUGUCAGCCAAGUGGGGGAUAUUGUCGAAUGCACACGGAUUGCUGCUCACGAAGGUGUAUGCAAGUGCCCGCAGAAUGUCGCUAACGCUGAGAUAAAUUCCUCAUCAAUUUGACCAACUUUAACCCUUAAUAAUGUUUAGUUAAAAAUGAAUAAAAUAUGCCAUUUGUUAAUAAUAAGAGCGUGAUCAGUA